UUCGUGCGCGGGUGUGUUGUUGUUUUUUGGCGCGUUGUCGUCGACGUUGUGUUAUUUCGUUGCGUUUGCGUUGUUCUUAUUAACUUUUUUCUUUCGUUUACUACGUUCGCUACGUCUCUGCGCCUCUACGUGCACCCUACCACCCCGGUCUCAUGUUUCAAUAAUCUUCUGUUUGGAAAUUAAAAACAAAAAUUGUUUUUUACGCGCUCUAACCGUAGCAUAGGCAGUGAUAGUGAUCCUCCCGCUUCUCAUCCCGCCACCCCCGAUCCAUAUGACAUAGCAGCCGGUAUUGAUAGUCUACGUGUGUGAAGUUGCAUUUUGGCCGAAGAAAGAAAGAAAAAAAAGAAAUAUUUGUUAUGUGUUUUAUACAUUUUUAUUUUUUUUUAUUAUCAGCAAAUGUGCUGUUACCUUGAAGUGCAACGGUAACAAGCCAUAAGCAGCGACGUCGGCAGAGCACCCUCUUUGGCCACAUCUCUCGCUCUCUCUGUUCUCGAGUGAUUGUGUGUUUGUUUCUGUAUAUAAAGUGCGUAACAACAACAAAACUAAUAAUAGUAAUUAAAAGCAUAUGAACAGCUAUUAAAAUAAAAAAAAAAAAACAAAAUAAUCAAGCGAAACUCAGUAAGACGACAAAACAAAAAAACAAGCAGCGGCUUCGGCUGCGUCGUCGGCUUCGGCAGCGGCAGAACGUUUAAGUAAGCAGCGAGCAGAGCAAAAAAUAGCAACAAAAUGUUGAAAAACUGUUGAGCUUACAAGAUGCAAGCGGUCAUGGACUCGGCCUCCAUGGCCAUUGCUGCUGCAGCCAUGGGCAGCAGCUCCUCUGGCAGCAGUAGCAGCAGCAGCAGCGGAAGCAGCAGUGGUUAUGGCAGUGCCACAACCACGCCCACAACACCACUAACCGGAGGUCACUACGACGCAGCAUCCGGUGGCGGUGUCGGCGGGGGCAGCAGCAACAACAACAACAGCCACAGUAGCAGCUCAACUUCAAUGCCAAUGGCCACAAUUGCAACAGUGGCUCCGUUUUACAGUGAAGCUCUGACCACACAGCAGCAACACCAGCAACAUCAGCAACACCAGCAACAACAGCAACUGCAACAGUCAACACAAUCUCAUUUCUAUAACCAGAAUUAUGGGGGAUACGGCAGUGUCAUGUCAAUGGAUCCGUAUAAUUACAAUAUGGUUUCGUACAAUGGUUCUGGAGGUUACACUCCCACAAACGGAGGUUUGGGCUAUCAAGGUUUAUCGUCCACGAUGGGCCAACGUUAUGAGAAGUUGAGCAGUAAAUAUACGGGAGGAAGUGGAGCUGGUAACGUUGGUAAGCCCCAGGCUACAGCCACGGCCUUUUAUGGCGGUGGAGUCGGUGGCUCGGCAAGCGUUAGCAGCGGAUUGAGCGGCAAUGGAGCAUCGGUUCCUGGUGGCCAAUAUCUGCAGCCCCCGACGAGUGCCUAUGUCGAUCCUUAUAAAUAUAAGAUGCCAACGCAGGCGAAUCCCAAUUUGAAUCCGAACAGCCAAUCCUAUAUGCAGCAAUAUUCAAAUCCAAAUCAAAAACUACCCAGCUUAGAAGCCAAUUAUGCGGCCAUCAAGCCAACGAGAAGCUAUCAGAGUAGCAUGCCAGGCUCGAGCGGAGCAAAUGGCAGCCUGGGAGUGGGUCAGACGCAGUACUAUGACAAGUAUGCCAUGUCCAUGCCAAUGCCCAUGUCCAUGCCUAUGCCGAUGUAUCCAGCCAAUCCUACACAGCUCUACAACCCAGCACCGCCAGAAAUAAAGACGGCGAAUAGCUCCCACAAUUGGACACAGCCUCAAACGGGCAAUCAAACGACGGCCCCAAUUCCGCCCGUCCCUCCGGCUGCGGCGGCUGCCUCUUCGUCGUACCAUCAUCCUGGCAAUGAGAUGUACUACAAUAAGUAUGAUAAAUAUCAGCAUGGCGGCAGCAGCAAUCCAUAUCAAACAGUUCCUGGACGCUCCAUGUGGCCGGAGAGUCCUUCAUCCCGUACGGCACAGAUGAGCUGUUGUUCCCAGCAGCCGCAGCAAAGUUGCUACUAUCAGCGGAAUAAUGGAAUGAACGUUAACUACCCAGGGCAAUAUGGAGCGCCGAGCAAUGUGAAAUUGAAGCAUCCAACCGAUCUGUAUGUGAACCAUCACACACCGCACUACGAGAACUACCCGACCACCAAUAUAACGGGGCAACGCGGCUAUGUAGCGGCACCGCCGCAGCUCAAUCUCGGCAUGAAUAUGGGUAUGGGCAUGAAUAUGAAUAUGGGUAUGAAUAUGGGCAUGAAUAUGGGUAUGGGGGUGGGCGUGGGUGUCGGUAUGGGCAUGAAUAUGAAUAUGGAUGGCUACAACGAUCUCAAUCUCAAUAGUCUGGACAGUGCUUUUGGGCCACCAUCAUUGGCUCCGCCCCUGCCGCCUCCAACGCAAACUCAACAGUCCUCCCAUCGUCCUGCACUUGCACCAACAGCGCCAACCGCAUAUCAUUCCCAAUCUCAAAUGGGCUACGGUAAGCGUCCGACAGCAACAGCAAACAGCUCGAAUUGCUAUAUGACGGGAAAUGUGCCGCAUUUGACGAAUCUGGAGACUCAUAUGGACAGCUACAUCGGCUAUGAUUUGCACGCGAAACCCCACGCAGUGUCCAUGUCAUCCCAACCGACAACAGCAGCAGCGCCCUCAUCAAUUAGCUCCAAUAUACGCGAUUUUCUGUCCACCUGGAACGAUGGGGAAGAGGAUGAGCCUUCGCCACUUCAAGGUCAAGGUCAAGCUCAAUCUCAGGCCCCACCACCAGCACCAAUCGCUGCUGCUGUAGCAAUAGUAGCACCUAAUCCAACCACCUCUGUUACAACAACUUUGCCAAAUUUCAUGUACGAAACUUUGGCACCUGCCGGUCCCACGGCAACAGCUGUUAUGAAUCUGCCCGAUAUAAUCAUAGACAUUGAAAAGUCCUCGAAUAAUCCUGCUCCUAGUACUAACGCUCAAUUGGAGGAUUCCUUUGCCAGUUUCGAUGUGGAAAAAGAACUGGAUGAGUUGCGCUUGAAGACGUCACAACAACCGGACGAUAAUUGCAAUACUAACGAAACUAUAGCUGAAAUCCUAAGAGAACCGUCCGUGAAGGAACCGGAACCCGCUGAAAGUCCCUCAUCAAAUCUAAACCUACCGACUUUAACCUUACCCCUAAAUAGUCCCACACUCUGUAACGAUUUUCCCACAGAAGACAACUCAAAUGAGUCGACAUUCGCAAAGGAAUAUGAAACAUUUAUUCAUAAGAUCGGCGGAAGUGGAAGCGAAACUGAAACUACACCAAAUGAUCCUGCAGAAGAAGGUGAGGAAUCUAAACGGUUUAAGUUCUACAAGCGAAAGAAAGUGGAUGGCGAUAGUGAACAAGAGGGUCAGGUUCCCGUCGCUGAGCUCAUUCCAAUGCCUGUCAUAGAGUCAGUUCCUCCAACGCCGUUGCAGUUGACUAGUCCUCGUCCUAAACCCAAUCGUAAGUUGCUUACCCGCCGUCGUCAUCGGAAUCGCAUGAAAAUGCUCAAAAUUCUUGAAUUCGAGAGUCCCAGAGUCAAGCAUCGUUUCUAUUUCAAGACACUGAAACUGCUAAGACGUACCUAUGCCCUAAGCAAGUUAAGAAAACAUCGCUUAAGUCUCGUGCGUAGGCAACUAUCAUUGCGAAGGGAACGAAAUUUGCCUCUCAUUAAGCGGCAUAGCAUAAAGGAACAGCACGCGGAAAAAGCAGUCAAACACGAUCCGCCCUCUCUAAAGGGUCUUAGUGUGAUAGCUCUGAAUACGAGAGCUUUUCGGUCGACUCUAAUGACAGUCCAGGAUAGUCGAGAGACUGUGAUUAAGAGGGGCUACAAGGUACAAGGUGCCCAGAAUCCUAUACGGACAGAUCGAUUGGAUCAGAUGAGUUCCAAUUCAAUAGAAUCAGUGGAAACAGUGGAAUCGGCGGAUUUUAUGGGUUUCGAUGAUUUGGAGAAUACCAAUUUGACGCCCCAGGCGAAAUUGCAUAACGAUGAAGAGGAAAAUAAGGAUAGGAAUUCGUCAACGGACCAACUGACAGAGAAACUAACUGCGGUUCUCAAGGAUGAGGAGCCAGCGAAAGAGUUACAAGUUCAAGAAUGGUUGCUUCAUAACAAUGUUGGCAUUGCUGAAGAGCAACAAAAGCUAUCGACGAAGCAAUCGGUGACUUAUGUUGCCUCAUCCUCAUCAUCCUCAUCGUCGUCGUCGUCGUCAUCAGCAUCAUCAUCUGGCUCCAGUACCAGCAGUGACUCCAGCUCCAGCAGCAGUACGAGUUCUAGUGAUGAUGAAGACGAAAACGACGAUGCGCCUCCAAAUGCAACAUUAAAAUCUCUCCCUAGCAGCAGUUCGAGCAGUAGUUCUAGCAGUUCAUCCGCGGAUGAAAGCGAGUUCAAUGAAAUGAUCGCUCUGGAAAAGGAACUCUCUCAAACGGCAAAUGUGGCAAACGAUUUACACGUUGUCACACGAUCCGUUAUUGUGGAACCGUUCAAGGAACUCACAGAACUUGCAAAACUCAAGAAAAUCCUAGAGAGCAGUGAAGAGGAGUCGCAAGUACCCAAGCUAAGUGAUCUUAGCAGAAAUGCCUUAAACACUUUCCUCCCUGCCCUAGAGAAAAGGAGCCACCCAACUCCCAUACCAGAAACCCAGCGCGAACUUAGCGUUGAAGAGGAAUUGGCUGAAAUGUGUGGGGCUGCCUCUGAUCCGGAAGACUUUGAGUUGGAUAAGAACAAUAUGGAAACGGAGCAAGUGGAGGGCAUAGAGUUGAUGGCUGGUGGGGCAGCAUCGUCAGUUUCGGCGACAAGGGGACAAGAUGUUCUACUGAUCAACUUGGCUGAAAUUUUCGAUACCACCAGUGAUCUCUAUGUGGUGCAAUGCGACAUGAAUGAAAACAUAUUGAGCGUGGUAACCAGCGAUCAGGACAAUGGGGAACAUUCAGAGGAUACUUUGCAAUUGAUUGAACUAUUAACCGAGGAACCUGAACCAAAACCACAAAUUGAUGCGGAAAUCGGUAUGGAAACGGAGCACCCACAUCCGGACUAUGUGCAUCACGAGGAGAUUGUGAGGGAGGAUAGUAGAUCCUUUGAGCGUUGCCAAUUCUUAAAAUAUCUACAUCAGAAGUAUGCCCAGACGAGCAUCCAUCGUUAUUAUCACACACAGCGCAUUAUCAAGAAAUACAAGCGCCGCUUUCAAGCCAAAAAGCGACGUUUGUUGAAUACAAAAAAAUAGAAAAUCUAUAUACACAUAUGUAGAAAGGAUCGAGGCUAGCUUCUACCAAAGAUAUUGAAAGCGUUUCGCAUAGGAUGACGAAACGAAUUGAUUAUUGUGAAAUCGUACCACAUCAGGCGUGCCUAAUUCUAGUUUGUAUAAUGAUUUGCCAUGCAAAUUAUCCACCACACACACACACACAGACACUACACACACAGACACCACAACACCAACACAUUUCUAGAAUCUCAAAAGACUUGGCAUUUUACUGAAUCGAAAAAUAAUAACAAGAGCAUAGCAAAAAAAAAAGGAAAUAUAAUUUAUAAUAUUAAUAAUU